AUGCACUGUUAUGCUUUCUUUAUUUUACUUUUUCUUCUCUUCGUCCAUUAUUUGAACAUUCUACCUUUCUUUCUGUUCUUUUUUUCUUUUACUUCUAUUGUUCUAUGCGUUGUCUGUUUUGUUUUUUUUUUGCUUUCUUUAACCAUCUUUUUUAUUUCUACUUUUGUUCCUUGUCCGAUCAUUCUUUGUACUCCUCUUCUUUCUUUUUUACAUUCUUUAUUGCACUUUUCUGUGUCAUUUUCUGUCUUUGUUUUUCAUCUGCCAUUCUUUCUUUUUCUUUCUGUAUUUAUUUUACUUCUCGUAUUUCGUUUUUUGUUUAAAUUUGCUGCAUUAUUUGCUUAUCUUUCUCGUUUUUUGCUUUAUUGUUCCUUUCUUUGUAUGCUUCUUUUUUAUUCAUAUGUCCUUAUAUGUGUAUGCUUCUUUUAUAUUUUUAUGUUCUUAUAUUUGCAUUCUUUUUUUUUCUGUUUAUGUCCCUAUCUUUGUAAGCCUCUUUUUCUUUCGUUUUACUUUCUUUGUAUGCUUCUUUUUUGCUUGCUAUAUGCCUACCUUUGUAUGCUCCUUUUCGCUUUCUCUGUUCCUAAUUUUAUAUGCUUCUUUUUUUUUUCUUUCAAGGUCCCUGCCUUUGUAUGCUUCAUUUUUUCCUUCUGUGUCCUUUCUUUUCACUUACCCUGA